CACGGAAGUAGAAACCUUGCUGAGUGGUGGUGACGCAUAUCACUCGGGGUACAAUCGUCACUCGGUAGGGGAUACUGUCCAUUGAUCAGUUUGGAGGGUGUAUACAGUAUUGUUUAUUUGAACAGGAACCAUGAAACUGCUUCUGUCCAUCCUUGUCACUUUUGCCUGUCUGUACUUCCGGUGUGGAGCGGAAAUGAUGAUGGUGGAGGAGGAAAUAAGCAUACAACAAGUAAUACGGAAGUACAUACCGACAUACACGGGGUCAAAGGUGAUGGGGUCACGGUCUGGUGAUCCGUUCGGGAAUGCUACGUCAUGCGGACCACCACAGGCGAAGAUCGUUAUGACGUGGAAACCAACAACGGUUGUCAUUGGAGAAUCGCUGAGUGUCAACAUACAGAUGAUAGCCCCUGCUGAUUUGGUUAACGGAACUGGUACAGCAAAUAUUUACAUUGCGGGAGAAUCUACGCCAUUUGCUGGGUUUUCAUUUGACGGCGGAUGUGAAACCCUCAAAAAACAAGGCAUAACUGGAUUGACCUGUCCUAUCAAAAAGAACGAUCAGAUCAAGAUGCACUAUACUGUGCCGGAAUCUGCCACCCAGAAAUUGAUGACGGGCCAUUUCGUUAUUAAAGUGAAGGUACAAAAUGACAAGAAGCAGGAGUUUGCCUGUGUGAGGGUCGACGUCAAAGUCGCGGGCAGUAAGACAGUUGUGAUGUAAGGACUAUCAUGGCAUCAACCUAAAUACCUGAACACAGCUGAUGUUUCCGUGAAAAUUUCCAAUUUUCCUCGAUUUUUAUACGAAAGAACCAACCCAACUUGUAUACAUGUUACAUACCCCCAAUGUGGAGAUUGCCUCUUCAAUGUUAAAAGCAAUCCCCUGUGUUUGAGAAAUAUAUUUUGUUGUGAAAGAGGAGAAAACCGACGUUUAUUGUAUGUGUUUGUUUAUACUUGUUAGUCGUUAGCGACUUUCAAAUAAAUUCUACUAUCAAAGAAGAAA